AUUUGAUAUGUGGAUCUUGUAUUCUCAACAUGUCGAAAGGGUAUGCCAGGGGUCUCGUCUUCAUUAAAUCAGUCGCGACGUCAAGCCGAUGGCUCGUUGCUGAGAGAACAGGGCAGGCGCCUACUGGUGCAAAGUCUAAGACAGCGAAGCGAAAGGCCUUCGCCCUUUUUUAAGAACGUGGGUGGGGGGGGUGGGGGUGGGGGUUUGCUUAUUGUGUCGAGGCCUUGGAAUGGUGAGAGAGGGAGGGUCGCCACGAAACUGAAGCGCGAGCAUGUCUUGCGCCGUGAGGGUUGCUGCAUGCCUGGAGGCGACUACUGUGCGAGCGACGUCGUCUGCCGAGAAGAUUGCGACACAGACGACCAAGUGACGCCGCUACAGGCAGAGCAUGCGGCGGACUAUAGAGAGGAAACCCAUGAGAGGCUGGGGGCGUUUUAUUUUAAUAGACGGGCUGCGGCCGGCCACAGUGAGGAGGCCAGUCACAGUGAGGAAGUCGGUCACAGUGGGGAGGCCGGUCACAGUGCGGAGGCCGGUCGCAGUGAGGAGGUCGGUCACAGGACAGCGCAACCAUGAGAGGCGGGAGGCCCUACUGCCUUGGCUGGUGUGGCUUACUUGGUGGGCCUCGGGCGUUGUGUUGUCUGUAAGUUUAUACUCACUGCCAGUGGCUGGCCAUCUCUAGCACCUGUGAGGGCUUGCCUCGCUCUCUGUCUUUAUGAUGGACUAACUCACAGGCUUGCGCCUCUGUGCUCCUUCUGGUCUUGUCUCUUUCAAUUUUCUGCGGCGAGCAGGGAGGCGGAUACUGUGGGGGAUUGAUCUGAGUCGGCUCAGGGGGUGAAGCCUUCCAAGCCGGUCAAAAUCAGAAAGCGUCCGGGCCUCCCCUCAAGACUGAAGCUGCGCCAUUGAUUUGGGCAGGAGUCUUGUGGCAGCUCAAAGGGCAGGACCUCGCAAGCAGCUCAAAGUAGGCAGCAACGCCCUGAAGAAGCGGGGCUGAAUGAUUGGCCACGGGCCUGAGAGAGUCAGCGCAAAAGGCGUGCAAAAGGCAAGGCCUCUAAAGCUGCGCAGAAGCAGGCAGCAACAUCGGAAAGCAGUGCCAUUGAUUUGGGUGCGAGAUCUGAACCGCCUCAAAGGGUAAGACCAUCCAAGGAAGCGGGCCAAGAGUGAGCGCGGCAGCGUUCUCCAUUCUCAUGAUUUAAGUAGCGCCACUGAUUUGGAUGGGGCGAGGGCUUGGCCUUGAGUCAGCUCCGCAAAAGGUCGGACCUUCCAAGCGGGUCAAAAGUAGACAGCAACUCCAUGAAAAGCGCUGCGCAAUUUGAAUAGGGGGCCCAGCGGGUCAGCUCCUCAAAACUUGGAGCCUUCCAAGCAGCUCAAAAGCAGCGCGCAGCAAUCUCCUAGCGUUCCCCGAUUUGGAUAGGAGGCCUGAGCCAGUUCAAGCUUCAGAGGGUAGCGAAGGCUUUCCAAUUUGGGCAGCGAACGGAUCUUGGGCCGGUGCCUCCGUUUAUGUAUUACGUAGCAGCCCGCAGCAUGUGACUGCUCUGUUUAUGCCGUGCCCCGUUGCUCUUCGCGUCGUUCGUAGUGCGCCGGUAGGCCGUGCGCCCAUAGUGUAGAAUCUGCAAGCCGUGCGCCCAUAGUGUAGGCCGUUGAAUUUGCAAGACCGUCCUUUUCGUCUUGCCCCGGCGUGUGUACACGCCGGGGGCGGGGGCACGUGGGCGGUGCAGACUGGUCAGUAUGUUUGUAUAUUUCUGCUGUCUGAUGGCCGAUUGUUCUUUGCCGUCUGCGAGGCCUACAACUGUUCUUCAUCUAUUGCGAAGUUUUGGCUCUAACGGUUUUUACAUUAUGACGCAGUGUUUGCUUGUUCGUAGUGCUCAGCAGUAGAAUGCAUAGAGAAAAAGUAUGACGUCGAUGCAUUAGGGGCCUGAUACGGUAAUUGUUUCCGCAAUCAUAACAAGCAAGACAAGCUGUGCCAUUUUUUUCGUCCGCAGAAAUUAACUACGCAUCAAAUGAAAAUGAAACCGAAAUUAAUAGUACCGCUCUUGUUCUUGAUCUUGAUGCGGAGUGAGCUAUUGCUCACGUCAGCAGUUUUCGCAUUUCUUACUCGACGUACAUUUUCGAAGAUUUCUCAUCUAGUAUCUAGACAACUUUCAAUUUUCACGAGCUAUAUUAAGUAAUCGUACAACAGCAAAUUCAAAAAAUUCUUUCUAAAAAUUACCUAAGUAGAUCUAAGUUUUCCUCAGAAUUAAACACUUGACAGAGUAUUUUUUGUUACUACAAGCUCAGUUUUGAGUUAAUGUUAACGAAGUUACCUCCAAUAGAGCAAACUGAUAUUAAGCAAUCGUUAGAUAAAAACUUCCAGGAAUUCAGUGACAAUGAAGACACUUCUUCAGAGAUUUGAACCAUUUAGAAGAAUUAUCAACGCCGCUUCCUCCUAGUUUGACAAAAUAUGUCUGCAUAUCGCACAAGAAAAAACAACAUAAAAAUAUCUUCAACCCAGUACGGGUUGUCUCGCAAAGUGCGCAAAUUUUGCACAUAUUCAUCCUCGUAUAAGGCUCCAUGAUAUGUCUGCAUCUUAGACGGAACAGUCGCCCAGUAAAAGACCAACCACGGAG